AUGUCGCCCACCAAACUGGUUAUUAUUGUUGGAGGUUCUUAUGCUGCUAUAUUAGCUUUGAAGACGUUACUUUCCACUAAAGACGUCAAAUUAGACAUUACAAUGAUCUCACCCAACGACAAGGCAUUUUUCAAUGUUAGUGUUCCUCGUUUACUAGUUGAGAAUGACUCAAUAAAGAAAACAGUUUUCCCCCUUGGUGAAUCAAUUGACAAUUUGGUCAAAGGAACGAUUCAUAAAGCAGCUCAUGUUCAGUCAAGUGUCAAAAAUGUUGACUUCAAAUCAAAGAGUGUAACUAUUGCUGAUGAAUCUAAGUUGAACUAUGAUAAUUUGAUACUCGCGUCCGGUACAAGAUCGGUGUCACCGAUUUGGAAACUUGAUUCAGUAAAGAGUGUUGAUUUCACAUUGGAUUCAAUUAAAGAAACUAGUGCCCAAAUCCAAAAAGCGAAAAGUAUUGCAAUUAUCGGAGGUGGAACUACUGGUGUUGAAACUGCAGGUGAAUUAGGACAUGAGUACAAAGGCAAAAAGAAAAUUGUUUUGUAUACUGGAUCACUGGGGCCACUAUCUAUCCCAUUACCUAACCACGUUUCAUCGGUGACUAAAAAGUUGGAAAAAUUGGAUAUUGAAAUUGUUAAUAAUCAGCGUGUCAAGAAAGAGGGAGAUUCCACUAUUGUUUUUGAAGAUGGUACUACUCGUGACUUUGAUUUGGUUGUUGAAGCAUUCAAAUUGAUACCAAAUACUGAGUACUUACCAGAUGAAGUAUUAGACAAGAACAAAUAUGUAAUCACCGAUGAGUAUUUCCGUGUGCGUGAUUUUCAUGAGGUUAUUUGUCUUGGUGAUAUCCUUGCUCUGGGACAACAAUCCAUAGUUGAUUUAACAUAUAAUCAAAAGCCAAUAUUUGCAAAGACUGUUGCUUACGAAGUGUUUGAUGAUUUGAACGUCAAGUUAACACCAUAUGUUAAACCUAGGAAAGCUACAAUUGUGGUGCCAAUUGGUAGAGAUGGUGGUGUUGGUGCUAUUUAUGGAUGGUCCAUCCCUAACUGUGUUGUUUGGUUUGCUAAAUCUAGAAACUUCAUGAUCCCUAAAGCUUCAGAGUUUUUUACAUAG